CUCUUUGGAAGUGUGCCCACCAAAGGACAGGAAAACAAGUCUAAACUUACUUUCCAGUUGGAAAUGGAAUGGAGGGUUAGCGUUGGAAGCCGGGAGAGUCUGUCCUGUGAUGAAGUGGUCUCCGAGCCACUUCCAGUGGAACGUCACGUCCCUGUCUGGGCCCCUUGCACAGCCUGUGCACAGCGUUCCGAGGAGAGAAUUCAGCAGUGCAGCCUCCUCUCCGAGCUCUAUGAGUUGAUCGGCUUCCACUGCAAGUCCGCCUUCUUCAAGAGGGUGGCCCCCGUGCGGCUCGCGGCCUCCGGCAUCCCGGAGCCUGGCGGGAAGGCCUGCUACCGACUCCUCCUGCAGACGCUUCCUGGCUAG